CACUACCGAUUCAUCAAUUCAUUCACACCCGUCCAUAUCACCAGUGUCAGGCCCUAGUAGCUCAAUGACCGAGUGGGAAGAUAGAUUUGUUGUCAAUAUGCCUUCAGCCAAAGACCCAAACCCGCCAACAAUGAGCGUGGAGCAGAUUGUGGAGUUUCAAAAGAGCAUUGAGAAUGUGCACAAAGAGGGAGAGACGAUGCUUGAUCCCGAUACUCUUCCAAGUCCACGUACCACGACACCCGAAGAUAAUCCGUAUCUGCCAGACCCUGAACGAAAACAGCUUAGCACCCUCGACGGCCAGGACUCACGUUCAAGUCGUUCUGCAGAGGCAGGUGAACAACCGGCAACGUAUCAGUCUGGUCAUAAUCGAUAUUACUCACCUGAUGAGAUUGGGAAACAGCGCUUUAGCACUAUUUGGGAAGAGUCACCAUCGAGAAUAAAGCCGAAGGUGUCUGAUGCUAAUCCGGACGGCUCUUUUUUAGGGUGCAGGGAAAUCAAGGGACCGUACGACAAAAAUCCCGACGAGAUUUUGUUUUUCUCGUCAACCACCGAGCGCCCCAGAGUAGUGGAUGUGUCGACACCAAUGGCCAAACCAAAAGAUUGGAAGAAAAUAAUGACGCAAACCCACUCAACGACAGCAGCAUCGGAGGAAAUGACUGCCGCUCAAGAAGAACGGAAGCCAACUUUUCAGAGUUCGAAGCAUGCCCAAUGCUCCAAGCAGUCACCGAAGACGAUGUGUCACGAGACUAUAUGUCAACGACAGGACAAGGCAGAGACGCCUGCGCAUGUCUCGGGGAAAGAGAACACAAACCAUGCUGCCCGUGCAACAAGAACACAGGACCAGAGAAAGAGCCAUGGGGACGAUGUGUUCAUUAUCACACCCACUAUCACACGCACUAUGGUGAACACAGUGGAAACGAGAGGUGCUACGCCGAAACGUUCAGGCAUACCGCCUCGAAUAGCAGGCGAAACCAUCAAAGAUGUAAGGUCGAAGCCUCAAAUGCACCCUUCACCGUCGGGAUUACGACGAGCGACCCAAAAUUCGUGGGAGAGAUCCAACGCAACUUGGCCAACGCCUUCAUUUUCAAGAGACACUCCCGUAAAAAACGUGCCGGGGACACCACAAGCUCGAGCAGAACUGGGGCAUAUGAGCGCGGAAAGGCGUCGGGCCAUACGUGGGUACAUCCGUAUGCCCGUCAUGGUAAAGUCACGCACAGAAAAUCUCGGUCAACGCAUACAUAAUACCACCCCACCAAAAGCGCCUGCUGCUCCACCGAAGAAUGAUUAUCAAAUCCCUGCAAGGAGUAUAUCGGAUUCGUCUCAGUCCAUACCCUCCUCGGGCCAUGAUAUCUCCCCCGCCAGUUCGCUCACGAGGGAUCAACGAUAUCCAAAAGCGCCAAUGCAGACUGCUAGAAUUGUUGAGGUAGCCGAAUUAGAUGGCCUACAGGUCGACGAUCCAAAGGAUGAGCGUAAGACAGAUCACAAGGAAAACGACAAAUCGGGUGGCAAGUACACACACGAAGAACAUCUUCGCUCGAAGGUCACUGAUUUGCGUGCCGAUUUACAGACAAGUGGGGUACAGGCAGACUACCGGGGCUUGUUAAAUUCAAUUACUAUGAGUCUGAUCAUGGACGUCUUCUUCCUGUCGGCUGCGCAAGCUCAAGGCCUCUUUACACAGAUAAUAGACAAUCGGCAUUCAAGGACCGUCCUGUUCAAAAUUGCUUUGAACUGUAUUCUGAACAUGGUUGAACACUGCCUGCAUGUUUUCAGGAACCUCCUGCAGGCUUGCUCCAUUUACACCACAACAGGAGUUUGGCCUAGACCAAGUGAGAGAGAUCUUGCUCGUUUUCUAACUGAUCUUUGUCAAGUGGUGAUUUAUAUUGGUGUUCUUGGUUCUAUCAUGAUGCUCCUAGGGCGUGCAGUUGAGUAUGUCAUUCUCAUCGGAAGUUGGAUUGUAUGGUUUGUAAGACCUCUCGGGUGGUUUUUGGGGGCGCUAGGAAGAGUUCUACAGGGUAUGACAAGCUGAUACCUUCAGUACUUUUACAUUGUUCUUGUACUUUUGUAUACUUGAGUGGCGGGUCCUCAUUUCAUGUAUUAUUUAUUAUUCUUAUGCUUGAACGUCUUUUCCAGCGACGUCAG